CCGGACGCGCGCGGGGCGACGCGCCGCGGCGACGGACCCACGCGCGAUACGAUGCCAUCGCGCGCGAACCUGCAAGACCCCGCGGUCCAGGCCGUCCUGACGGACUGGAUGCUCCGCGAGCUGGAGCCGAUCUCGGACGCGGAUCCCGCGGUCCUCGCCAAGUACGUCCUCGCGCUCGUCGCGAAGAAGGACGAGCCGACGCGCGCGCUCAGGCUCACGUGCGAGAGAGAGCUGAGGGACUUUCUCGAGGGCGAGACGGACGCGUUCGUGGAGCGGAUGUUCGCGUACGUCGAGGGGGGUCUCGCGCGCGACGGCGACGGCGACGGCGACGGCGUCGAAGCGAUCGAGUUCCAGGGCGACACCGCGGCGAUGGCGGCGAAGCUGCGCGAGGACGAGGACAGCGACGAGGACGAGGACGACGACGACGACGGGCGCGGGCGCAGGCGCAGGCGCAGGCGGUCGCCGACGCCCCCGCGCGCGGCGCGGCGCGACGCGUCGCCGCGACGCCGCGACGCCGCGUCGCGCAUCCAGCCGCUGCCGCCGCCGCCGCUCCCGCGCGGGCCGCCCCCGCCGCUUCCUCCCGGGCCGAGACCGCCCCCGGGGCGCCCGCCGCCGCGUGCGAUAGCGCACGAGGAGUACAACCCGUCCGAGCCGUGGCUCGAUCAAGGCACGAUGCGUCGCAUAAGCAAAGCGGAGAUGCUCGUCGCGAAGAUGCGCUCGGGGAACGGAAACCUCGACGACUACGACGCGCGCGACCGCGACCGUGACCGCGACCGCGACCGCGACCGCCGCGACGGCGGCUUCGGCGCGGGCCCGAGCGCGCGGUACGACCGCGCGCGCGCGCCUCGGCGAUCGUCGCGGGAACGCGACGACUUCGAACGCGCCCGCGGCGAGCGCAGACGUCGCGUCAUCCCGGAACCGAAGAACGCGGACAUCCGGACGAUUUACGUCACCGGCGCGGACUGUCACGUCGACGACUUCCAGGAGAAACUCAGGGCGCACUACGAGACGCACGGGAGGGUCGUCGAAAUCCGCGCGUUCGCGAACACGGGGAGGGCGUUCGUGCAGUUCGAGACGCAGAGAGAGGCGAGGGCGGCGCUGGACGCGAACGACAGUUUCAUGGGGAACCCGCGGUCGUGCACGCGGUGGGGGCAUCGGAACUGCACGGACGUGGACGCGGACGCGGCGAGGGACUUCGCGCGCGGAGGACGCGCGCGCGCGGCGGCGGCGGCGGCGGACGCGGAGCCCUCGCCGCCGAGAGAGAGCGAGGAGGAUAGGCAGCAGCGGGAGGAUUUAGAACGGUCCCAGGCGGAGCGUUUAGAGGAGCUCAAAGCGGAGAAGGAGUCGACGAAGCGAAAGCUUCUCGCGCUGGAGAAGGAGAAGGCGAUAUUACGCGAGAAGCUCUCUGGGAAACCGCCGGCCGCGCCGGAGCGCGCGGCGGCGGCCGCGGCCGACGCGCCAGCGCCCGCGGCCGUCGCGCCCGAGCUCACGAACGCGGAGAGGGAAGUUCUAGAGAAGGCGAAGACGACGAAGGCGGCGGUGGCGAAGGCGGCGACGCUCGCGCACGCCGCCGCGGCGAAGCUCCGAGCGGAGUACGAGGCGCUCGUGAAGGCGAAGGAGAAGAAGCGAAGCGGCGGCGCGGACGGCGCGAGCGCGAGCGAGGCGAUCGCGCCGGUGGGGAAGAAGAGUCGGUACAGCCUCGACCUUCGCGCGACGCAGAAGAGCUGA